AUGCUAAGGAAUAGUUCAAGUAACAGUUCUCAAAAUGAAGAUGGCUUGGUCUUCUCGCAGACGGAACAUAACAUUGUGGCAGCUUACCUGAUUGUGGCAGGAAGAAGAAUGACCUCCCACACUUACGUCAGCAUGAUUCUGGGGGCCUGGAUCAAUGGCCUGUUUUGGGCGUUGAUGCCCAUCGUAGGAUGGGCUAGUUAUGCCCCAGACCCUACAGGGGCUACCUGUACCAUAAAUUGGCGGAAAAAUGAUGUAUCUUUCGUGUCUUACACGAUGACAGUCAUUGCAGUAAAUUUCAUUGUGCCCUUGGCAGUGAUGUCUUAUUGCUACUUCCACGUCACUCGGUGCAUCAGACGUCACACAGCUGGUGACUGCCCCAGAGACCUCAACAGAGACUGGUCAGAUCAGGUGGACGUAACAAAGAUGUCUGUGGUCAUGAUUCUGAUGUUUCUGGUGGCGUGGUCUCCUUAUUCCAUCGUGUGCUUAUGGGCUUCCUUUGGCGACCCGAAGAAGAUUGGCCCUUCCAUGGCUAUCAUAGCCCCGUUGUUUGCAAAGUCUUCCACUUUCUACAAUCCUUGCAUUUAUGUUAUUGCCAAUAAAAAGUUUCGGAGGGCAAUGUUUGCUAUGUUCAAAUGUCAGACUCACCAAGCAAUGCCUGUGACAAGCAUUCUACCAAUGGAUGCAUCUCAGAGCCCACUGGCUUCUGGGAGAAUCUGAAAUGAGAGCAAAACACAUGCUAUCAAAACCUUUUAUUUGUGUAGUGUCUUUCUCAGUACUUCCAACUUUAUUUUACAUAUCAGUCUAUUGAUGGGCUGGAGAGAUAGGUCAGCGAACUAAGUGCCUGCUUAGGCAAGCACAGAUUCCAGCAUUCGAUCCCAGCAAUGUAUGCUGCACUGGCUCUACCCCAGGCACACUGAGCUGACUCCGAGACCCAUCAUGGUGGCGCACACCUGUAAUCCCAGUGCUGGGGAGGCUUA